CCUACCCCAAACUCUCCUGAUCCCUGUCUAUGCUUUUCUCCUAAAGCUUCACCAGGGCUGUCCACUGCAGCGUCCAUCUCAGCCAAUCACACAACCCUUUGCACUGGACAUCUUCUAGGAUUUCUUCAGGGGCAGAAUGCCUGAAUGCAAGUUCUUUAUCGUGGAGAUUUAGGAGGUUUUAUUCUUUAUUCGCAAGUUCUCAGAUGAGGAUCCCUUUACUUUCUUCUUGAAGCCUAGUCCCAGAUUUGUGUUUUAGGUUUUUAAGAAUUAGGUUUUUUGGAAUUAAAAACUUCCUUCUAAAUGCUGACCGAGUCUUGUGGUCUGAUGGGAUCGGACAUCAGAGAUCUGAGCACUCCGCUUCCAGCGGUCCCUACGCUGCCGGGGGGGACCACUAACUCUUCCCUGCCUGUCAGCGGAGCUCCGCAGUGGGGGCCGAUACUGGACUUUCACCCUGGCUCCCCGUACGGAUCUUCGCCAUCCCAGUCGUUCGUCAAACAGGAGCCGGGCUGGGGGGGCACAGACCCUUACGAGGAUCCCCACUGUGGUUCAGGGGCCUUCACUGUACACUUCUCAGGCCAGUUCACAGGGCCUGGAGGCUACAGGCAUGGUGCUAUCACAGAUUCUCCCUCCAGCCAGAGCAGGAUGUUCUCCGGUGGACCCUAUCUUCCAGGCCGCAUGGAGAGCCCUCCUGCCCCGCAUAACCAGGGAUAUGGUAUGGUAGCACUAGAUGGAGCUCCUAGUUACAGUCACACACCAGCACAACACACUCCACCAUUCCCCAACCAUGCCUUCAAACAAGAGGACCCCAUGUCCCCGCAAAGCACCAUGGGUGAGCAGCAGUACCCCGUCACCCCAAAUGUAUAUGGAUGCCUCAGUCCCCCUGACAGUCAGACCUUACUUUUGAGAAAUGCCUUCAACAGUGAUAAUCUGUACCAAAUGGCAUCCCAACUGGAAUGUGUGACCUGGAACCCCGUCAGCUCACUGACACCCAGCAUCAAGAGUCACAGUGCGAGUUAUGAGAGUGAACCUUCUGCGGGAUUGGCUUCUGUGGUGUACAGUUGCAACACCCAGUAUCACAUACACACACAUGGUGUGCUUAGAGGACUACAGGAUGUACGGAGAGUACCAAGCAUCGCUCCCUCAAUUGUGAAAUCAUCGGAGACCAGUGAGAAACGUCCGUUUAUGUGUUCAUACGCCAGCUGCAGUAAGAGAUACUUCAAAAUGUCCCACCUGCUGAUGCAUGAAAGGAAACACACAGGAGAGAAGCCCUACCAGUGUGACCAUCCAGGCUGCGGCUGCAGGUUUUCCAGAUCUGAUCAGCUAAAGAGACACCAGCGCAGACACACAGGAUUCAAACCCUUUCAGUGUGAGACAUGUCAAAGAAAGUUUUCUCGCUCAGACCAUCUUAAGACCCACACUCGGACUCAUACAGGUGAGAAGCCAUUCACUUGUCGCUGGUCCAGCUGUCAGAAGAAGUUUGCCCGCUCAGAUGAGCUGGUUAGACAUCACAGUAUGCAUGAGAGGAAUCUGACCAAACUCCAGUCUUGUGUUUGAGACACAAACUCUGUACAUACACAAAUAUACUGUAUAUAAACAUACAGAUGCAGAGAUACUCUCAAGAGUAAAGAUAAACUUGUUUGUUCAAUACAGGGAAGCUUUGAAAAUGAAGUAAAGAAAAACAUGUGGAAUUCACUAAAUACAUACAAAUAUUUGGGACAAAUAUUUUUUCCCAGGUUGCAUCUGAUAUGGUACAGUGCCAUUUACAAAAGGUGUCAGUUGACUGUGUAUGCAUCAGUCACUUUUUGCAUCAUCUCAUUUUCUAAAUUGAAUUAAAUAUAUUUUUACAUAAAUGGAAAGUUGAUUGCACUGGAUAUACUUGUAUUCAAAAUGUUUAAAUGUGCUGGGUCAUUUAAAUCGUUUAAACAUUUGGAAUUAAUUCCUAAUUCAUUUUGGAAAAUUUUAAUUGGACAAUUUGAAACAAAAAGCACUGUAAUUUCUGUAUAUAAUAUUUGUUAAGUGACAGCAGUCUUUUUAAAAUAACUUUUGUAUUAAACUACACACAAAAUCCUCAGGAUAACGGUGUACAGAACAUUGACAUUUUUUACAGAACACAAUUUUUUCAUAUUGUGUUGAAUGGAAGGAAACAUUAUGCUUUAGGGGAUAGUUUAAGCAAAAAUUAAAUUUCAGUCAUUUAUAUCCCAUGUUGUUCUAAACCCUUAUUUUUGGAAUGGUUUCUUUUUCAGUACACAAAGGGAGAGAUUUUGAAAUAAUGUUUUGCUCAGUGAUGUCAUACAGUGGCAGUAGAUGGUGACCACCAGUUCAAGAUUCAAAAGGACACAAAAGUAUAAUUCAGAUGUCUGAUAAAUAAUUACAUGAGCUCUUUAUUUACUUGGUAAAUCUUUACAAUAAGGUUACAUUUGUAAACAUUAGUUAACUGCAGUAGUUAACAUGAACUAACAAUAAACAGCAUUUAUUCAAAUUGGUCAUGUUAAUUUCAGCAUAUACACCAUGUUCCAUCAUGACCAGUGAAUAAUUGUAUUUUGUAAACUAACACUAACAAAGAUGAAUACAUGCUGUAAAAUUAUAUUAAUUGUUAGUUCCUGACACUCAAUGCAUUAACUAAUGUUAACAAAUGGAACCUUAUUGUAAAGUGUUACCAGAUACUUUUACAUUUAAUUAUAUUUGAAAUGUAUUUCCAGAU